AUGGAUGAUGUCCGCAUCAUUCGUGACCGCCAAACAAGUGUGUACAAGACAUUCGAAGACGUCGUAUGGUACCUAACAAUGAACGCAGAACAAUCCAGAGGCUUCGGCUUUCUGCGCUUUCCAACCUUGCACGCCGCCGAGAAAUUUAUGGACAAGAACCAUCCCAUGAUCUAUCUCUAUGGGCACAGCAACAAGUCUAACGGAGAUGCAUCUAGAGUUCGUAUAGCAUUCGGCCGUGAGCGGAAAGAUGCUGGUCGGAAUGAUGACGCAGACUGGAUCUGUCCUGGUUGUCGAAUCAAUAAUUAUGCCACCCGAAAUCGUUGUUUCAGAUGUCAAAUUCCUAAGCCUGAAUUCGACUUGGAAGUGGUAGAAAAAGCAGUCAAUGUUGGGGACAAUGAUGCCUCUCUAGAUAAUGCACCAUCCCAGUUCUUGCUUCUGCGAGGACUUGAAGGUUCUGUCAGUGAAGAAUUAUUAGCUAAGGGCGUGGCCAAGUUGAACAAACCGACAUCAUCUUCUGCCCAAACGGACCAGACACCGGCCAAGAAAGGCGCAAAAGUUGCUUCCACUACUGGAGAUGCAAAUCUUGGAGCGAAAGAAGGCACAUUAAGAAGGGUGCUACUGGUUCGAGAUCGACGGAGCAAUGACAGUUGGAGAUAUGGUUUUGCGGAGUAUGCUUCCAUUGAAGAUGCGCAAGCCGCCUUGGUCAGAUUUAAUUCUUUUGAUCGCUUUACUAUUGCCUCGAAACAGGUCCUGGUCAGCUAUAUUCAUGCAGGCGUCUUUGUGCCAGUUCUCAAUCCCACACCAAGCAAUGAACGCUUCAGCUUCAGUCCAGCUGGAAAUUCGGCAAUGAAGCUCGCCUACUGGGAUGAGGAUGCAUAUGUCUCCGAAUUGGCUAUCAAUAUGUCCAGGUCCAAGGGCCGAGAACCCAAAUCUUCCGCCACUACUGCCGCUGAGGGAAGCAAUACAAAACCUGGGAAAGACAUGGACAAGAGCAAGAAACGAAAAGCUCAGGUCGAACCCGAUGCUUCUGGAACAAAGAAGCCUGCCCCAUCCCACCUUCAAUUCUGGAGCAAUCGUCAUGCCGAACUUCAUGGAAUCGGAAACAAAUCCGCAAAAGACCCCGAUUCCAAUUCGGAAACAAGUUCUGCUCCACCAUCCCAGUCUUUCGCCGACCCUGAGAAAUUCUGCUGCUAUCUAUGCAUGCGACAAUUUUCAACUGCUGCUGAGGUCAAUAGACAUGAGCGCUUGAGCGACCUACACCGGCAAAAUCUUCAGGAUGAAGCAAAAGUUGCGAAGGGAAAUUACAAACUAGCCAAACACAACCUCAAACAGCAAGAUGUUCCCACCGGUCCACAAUACCGUGAUCGUGCCAAAGAAAGACGCAAGAUAUAUGGCGUUGUCAACAAAAAGGGUGAACAAGUCGGUCGAAACAAUGCAGCCAAAGCAUCUGAAAUAUCUUCAGAGGACGAGUCUACCCCACCAGUUCAGUCGAAGGGUGCAUCUCUACUCAGCAAAAUGGGCUACACGGCCGGACAAGGGUUGGGUGCUUCAGGGGAAGGUAUGACAGCCCCUAUCAGCCAGAACGUGUAUGCAGCCGGUGUGGGCCUUGGCGCGGAAGGUGGAAAGUUGGGUGAUGCGGUGAGCGAAGCGGAGAGAAACACCAAAGGCGAGUAUUCAGCAUUCCUCGAUCGGACGAAAGAGGGUGCAAGAGAGCGUUACUCAAGGCUUGGGUGA